CCCUGCCUUUGCUUUGUCAUCUCCCUCCUCCUCUCUCAGGAAAGGGACCACCACACCCUGCCAGCCAAUCAGAGCUCAGCUCCACCUCCUCCAUCACAUCAUCUCGAUCUCUAAGGUAACAGAGAGCCAACCCCCCUCCUCCUUCCCCACCACCUCUCUCUCUUUUUCUCGCUCAGUGUCUGUUUCCAUACAGAAAGGUGCCGCAUCAUCAUCCUCUCCCCCAUCUCACCAUCCCAUGCUAAGCUGCUGGCUGGUUAGCAUUAGCUCUUCUUCUCUUAACCUGAUCUUGCCUUCUCUGCAGUUGGACUGUCAGUUCAUUACAGGCAUCCCCCAGUUGGUGACUCCUCUACCAUUUAACAGAGAACAAGAAGGCAGAAAGAUGGAAUGAAGGAGAGGAAGAGUAGCAAUGUGUUCCUGUCCCUGAAGCCACUCCAAUAACAUUUGGAAUUCUACUUUCUCUACCAUCAUGAGCGUUGCAACUCUCUCACCUGUGAGUACUGAGCCUCCAUCCCCAAAGCUCAUAUUCAUCACAGACGUCGAGCCGUCCCUUCACCCAGCUAACGCCCCUGUGAGUCCAGAUGUGGCUCAUCAGUCUCUGAAUGGAGCCUCUUCCCUGGGCCCUAAGAGCAACCAGUCCAACCUCACCGGUGAAGAGUCUAUUACUGAUCCAGUCUUCUCCCAGAGGACAAAGAAACCUCCUCCUCUCCACACCGGAGCCGACUGGAAGGUCGUCCUCCAUCUGCCAGAGAUUGAGAAGUGGCUAAGAGCAACCACUGACAGAGUUGCUCAACUCACACACUCUGUGGGACAAGACAGUGACCACAGACAUGUGGAUGUUCACCUAGUACAACUUAAGGACAUCUGUGAGGACAUUUCCGACCAUGUGGAGCAGAUUCAUGCUUUACUGGAGACUGAGUUCUCCCUGAAGCUGCUGUCCUACUCUGUAAACAUUAUUGUAGACAUUAGAACAGUGCAGCUGCUGUGGCACCAGCUGAGAGUCUCAGUUCUGGUUCUGAAAGAGCGACUGCUGCAGGGUUUGCAGGACCCAAACGGAAAUUACACCCGACAGACUGACAUCCUGCAGGCAUUCAGCCAGGACCAGCACCAGACCCGUCUGGAUGCUCUCACAGAGGUGGACGACUGUGGUCAGUUAACAAUCCGCUGCAGCCAGGACUACUUCUCCCUGGACUGUGGCAUCACUGCCUUUGAGCUGAGCGACUACAGUCCCAGUGACCAUCCUGAGGACCGGGGAACAGAGUCCAUAGUUCACACCGCAAACUCAAAUCUUGAACUGCACAAGAGUUUACCUCAGCCCUCUCUGACCAGUGACAUAGACAACCACAGCCAUUCUACACCUGAAUCACCCACAAAUCAAAGUGACAUGCCCAAAUACAGUGAAAGCUCCAAACGUUCGCUACAGGCUGUAAGUCACAGCACUGAAUCUUCCCCCACACAGCCAUCCCUUCCCAAAAGAGCAGCCUUAUUCUCAAACAAAGGAACCAAAUCAAGAAGCAGUUUUAGGAAGUCAAGGCAGCAGUCUGAGCUGCAGCAUGAGGCUGAGCUGCAGCAUAAGGCUGAGCUGAGUCAGAGCACCUCCUCUCUUGUGGAUCCUCCAGACAGAUCCAAGUUCUGGCUAGAACUGGACUCGGUUGAUCUGAGAAACCUUCCACAAUCCAGCGAGAGUCUUCAGAGAACAAUUGAGCACAACCUCAAAAACCACCAUGUGAGCUCAACACAUAGAAAACCCGAGGGAAAUUCUGGCACCAAUGGCAGCCUACCCGUCUGCCGCCUGAUGUCUUUGGAUGAAAUAUCCACCCAAACAGAAAGGAUGCAGGAGAAGACAUGCACAGUCACUAUGGGUGACUCGUACUCCUCCCUGUCCUCCCCCAUUUCAGAGCAGCUUCUGUCCUCAGACUUGGAGGCAUCUGGAGAGGAAUUUGAUGCUCAGUGGGGUGGAAGCAGGAAUGCAGGGUGGACAGUGAACCGGCAGGGGCACAAGAAGGGAUCCCAGGUUACAUCAGAAAGGAUCCAGUCCAGAGAGCACUGGUAUGGGUCAGACGAGUUCCUGGCUCUCCCUGCUCAGCUCCAUGAAACUGAGAUGCUGGCUGUGAAACUAGAAAGUCUGAUACAGUCCAGCACCCUGCAGAAGCAGAGAGGUCUGCAGGAUGUGGAUGACUGGGAGCUGUCAGAGCUUAAUGUAGACUGGGACGCUGGAGAAAGUGGAGUCAACACAAGAAACAUAGUGGGGAGUGGGGAUUACGGUCCAUCUCCCCUGCUGUCACUGCAUCCUCACAGACAAACCUCAGUGAGCUGCUUCAGCUCCUCCUCCAGUGAUGUUGCUCCAUCAUUUGAAGACAGCAUAGAAUCAAGGCCUUUGAGUGACCUGCUGUCAGGAGAGGAGCAGAGCAGGAGGUCUGUGGAUGGUUCCCUCCAGCUGACAGCGCCCUUGGUGGAUGGCCGUGGAUGUGCUUCUCUGAUGAAAAAACUGCUGGAGGACAUCCAGGAACAGAACGAAGGCAUCUGGGUAAAGAUGGAGUGUUUUGUGCAAAAGUUGGACGGGUUCAUCUCAUGGCUACAGGAGGCACUGGACAGCACUGAAAACUGGACACAGCCCAGGCAGGACUUGGACAGCCUUAGGGUUUACUUGGACACUCACCUGACCUUCAAGCUGAAUGUGGACAGUCAACAUGUGCUGAAGGAGACCAUAUUGGCAGAAGGAAAGUCAUUACUCGAUAUCAUCACUUCCCACCAGCUGGCUCUGAAGGAUAUCCUCCAUAUGGUUGGAAGCCAGUGGGAUCAGCUCCAGUGGCAGAUCCGACGCCAACAUGGCUGGAUGCUUCGCGCCCUUCGUUGCAUCCAGACCCGCCUCCUCUACACCAGCCAUUCGCAGCAGCCCUGUGCAUCCACACUGGACUUGUCAGCCAAUGGAAAGUUUCCAUGCCUUGCAGAAGACCUCAAAGUGCAGCGAAAUUCAACUCAAUGCAACAUCCAGCAAGUCGCCCUUGAGACGAUGUCAGUCAGGCUGAGGGGACUCCACUACCCAUCAUCCUCCAGGAAGUACAACAGGAGCAGCAGUUUGCAGGAGUUUGAAGCAGAGUACCAGGAACUGUGGGAGUGGCUUAUGGACAUGGAUGCUAUGGUGACCGACAGCCACCAGUUGAUGAUGUCAGAAGAGCAGAGACAUCACCUCUUCAAAAGCAGCCUGGCUGAGCUGCUGACGAUGGAGAGCCGGAAGACGAGCCUGCUCAGGCAAGCUGCCAGUCUGAAGAGGAGUGGGACUGAACUACCGAGCAACUUACACAUCAAAAUACACAACCUCACACACACAUGGCAGCAACUAGAGAAAAUUCUUUCAGAGCAUCCAGUGCCAUGUUCUUCUGAGCAAAAGCUGUCAUCAAAUACAAACACUCUGCUGGUCGCUGGUCAGGAUGUGGCUGCUGAAAAUCCUCGCUCAGCUUUGUCCCCAAUGACUAAUUCACUGCUGGAGCAGCUGGAGGCUCGAAUCAAGGAGCUUAAGGCAUGGCUUCGAGACACAGAGCUGCUCAUCUUCAACUCCUGCCUCAGACAGGAGAUGUGUGCCUCCGAGCAGCUUUCAAGUUUCAAGUCCCUGUGUUCAGAGAUUGGAAGCCGGCGCCGAGGAGUCGCUUCAGUUCUGAAACUGUGUCAGAAGCUGCUGCAGCAGAGCCAGUCGGGCCUGAUGGCUGAAGUGGGCCCAGACUCUGAGCAGCACCGGGAGGCCCUGCAGCUGCUGUCAAUCAACCUGGAGAGGAGGUGGGAGGCGAUAGUGAUGCAGGCGCUGCAGUGGCAGAACAGAUUGAAGAGAGAGCUGGGAGAGCAGCAGGUGAAUGGAAACAUUCUGGAAACUGGCCUAGUGGAUCUCCACCAGAUUAGCCCUGUGUCAGUGGCUUCAGUAACUGUGCCACCAGAGGACUCCUGGGAAUGGGAUGAAAUAGAUAUGUCGGUCAUGGAAGCAGAGCGACUAGAUGUACCACUCCCUGACCUCACAACCAACCUCCCCACACCUUUGCAAUCAAGUCUGCCGUCAAACGAUAUUUUGGCCAAUGACAAUCAACCUGUUGAGGUUCAAACUGAUAUCCAAGCCACUCAGUUAAGAGAGUUGUCUAAUUUGAAGGAUGGAUCCUCAAUGGAUGUUAACUCCCAUUCCCCACCAAACAAUAACGUAUAUCAAGUGUACAGCCUCCACAGUAUUGAAUUAUGCAAGCAGCCGGUGUUUCCACUUCCUUCCACAUUAAUACACAUCAAUAAACCUGUAAAAAACAAAGAACAUUUUUUGCUGAAGAGCAUUAGUAAGGAUUCUUCCUUGUCAUCCAUUGAAUCUCUCCCAGACCUCCUGGGAGGUUUGAUGUCAAGUAGCCAACAACGAGAUAGGAUCAGUGAAUUUUGUAAUAGGGAAAGUGAGGGUGGCAGAAGGAGCGGUCAGUCAGAAAAUAGUCAACGAUCAGAUUGUGAAAGUGGGAUUGUAAGUGACAAUGGAGAUUCAGAGACAUCAUCAAACUCUGGAGUACAAGGAAAGAAAGAGGAUCAGGGGAUAGAGAGACAGGAGAAAAAAGACCGGAGGAAAUGUGAAGUUACACAAGAACAUUAUAGUUUAGCUCUGGAAAAGAACUGCAUUGCCCCUUAUAAAAGGAGCAAGAUGCAAAUAUCUACAAAUUUGGAAGAAUGGAGAAGGAAUGAGCUGAGAUGUGAACUAAAAAGAAAGGAGGAGGAGAAGAAGAGGUCCAAACAGGGUGCAGGGGGCGCAGUGGAAAUCCUGAUGAACGGACAUGGGAUCCUGACACCUGCCAACUCUGACUCUGACAUUGAUGUGAAAGGACUUGAUAACUCUAAGAUGUUCAUGUCCCAGAGGGACAACGCAGAGUGUAACCCUGACCAUUAUAAUAGUUCAGAGACUCCCCCUGCUCUCAGCAGUAGGACAUCAACUCCUGUUUUGUCUCAAAGCUCUUCCUUGGAGUCUCUAUUGGCUCUGGGUAUCGACUUAUUCCCCUCCAAAGAACGGCUGCAUCAUAGCGUCUCUUUGGAAAGCUGCCUUAAUCCAUGCCACAGCCCUGACAGGGAGGCGGUGGGCAGUCUCACAAGGCCAGACGAGAUGAACCUGGGCCAUGAGAAAGACCAAGAUAGCAUUAAUCUAAGAGCAAGCAUGGAUACUGAAACAGAGGCAUCUUCUGGAGAACUUAGUCAAAGAACUCUUGAUCUCCUGAAGCGCUUGGAGAACAUUCAGAAUCCUUUGGUUGGAAAGAUGACCCGAAGUGUUUCUGAUAUGUCAAUUCAAAGCAGCAUCCCACAAAAGAACCUCUUCCCUGUUUCACCUUCUUUAGGUGGUCAACACACUCCGCUCUCCAGGAUGUUUAGCACUUCAUGGAAAGGACAGCCAUCACUGAUCAAUGAAAAUUUAUCAAAUGUAUCACUAACUGAACUGAGUAGCACAGAGGACUCGUCUGUGGGAUCUGAUGAUUUUGCCGUGCUCAGAAACCAGCACCCUCUUUUCCUAGAUCCAAACACAGCAACCAGUUCUAGCCCUCAUAUGAAACAUUGUCACAACAGCAACAGGCGAGAGAAAGCUGUAGAUGAGUCGGAUGCUGCUAGUUUAAGCAUGGUGGUCAAUGUUUCAUGUACAUCAGCAUGCACAGAUGAAGAUGAAGAUGACAGUGAUCUGCUUUCAUCCUCCACACUGACGCUCACUGAAGAGGAAUUUGGUGUUCGAGAUGAACAGGAUGGAGAUGAUGACAGGGUUAAUGGUGUGUCUUCUGAGAAUGAGGAGGAUGAGGAUAAUGAUGAAAAUGACAUGGAAACCUCCUAUGAGUUGGGGCUUGAGUACAUGAAGAGGGAGUUACAGAGCUGGAUACGACCCCCUCGCACCUCUGUAUCCUCCUCAUUCAAAUCAGAGGCAGGCCUUCUGGAUGAGCUGCAGUGUGAAAGUGCUCCACCUUCCACCUUCAGAUACUCACGUGCACGAUUAGUGGAUUGCAAUAACAAAGCUGGUGGCAAGACAAGUAGAAAGGAAAGAGAAGAUGAGACCAGACUGAAUGUGACGAGAAGCUACAUCAGCCAAUUCGUCGAUGAUGUGGAGAAUGGAAACAUCGACCACAGCUGUCAACAAGGAAAAGAUGAGGACGAUGAGCUACUUCAAGAAGAGUCUGGCUUGUUCACUCAGAAAAGAGACACUUUAAAGGACAUUUAUGUGAACACCAAAACAGAAGACCAAGUUGAAGAUGUUGGCAACUUGAGAGCUGAAAUGAAUUCCCUUUCAACAAGUCAUAUUUGUUCAUCACCAUCUAGUGAGCUCCAUCCCUUCUCUUCCAAGCAUACUUUCUGUUUGGUAGGAGAGCUCAGAGGGGAGCUCCCCUGCCACAGUGCCUCACUUCCUUCACCCCCUUUGCUGUCUGAAGUCAACUGCAGAUCCCACAAUACACUGCACAACAACCUCUCAAUUGCUGGAGGACGGAAAGCCAUCACAAUUCAAGAGAAGUUUAAGUUCUCAUCGUUGGUCACAGAAGAGACGAGGAGGGAAGUCAGAGCAAAAGGUUCAUCUCUGCCAUCCAAAAAAGGCCACAAAUCCCACGCUUCCUGCCACAGCCCCUUCCUCCUGCCGGCCUCACCACUGAGCAUUGACGAAAGCAAGAAGGAGAAUGUUCACAAUUUUGUAAUGGAGAUUAUUGACAUGGCCUCUGUAGCACUGAAAAGCAAAGAGAAUCAGUCGGAUGGAGCAACCCAGAGGGAGACCAGUGGGUCUGUCCCAGACCAGUCCUCCACCUCACUAGCACAUAUCCGAGACAAGGUGCUUGAACACUCCCAUAGGCCUCUGCAUCUUCGGAAGGGAGAUUUCUACUCCUACCUGUCUCUCUCCUCCCAUGACAGCGACUGUGGUGAGGUCAGUCAGUGUGCUGAGGACAGGAGUUUAACCCCUGUGCCCUCCAGCAUCCCAUCCUAUUGCACAUCGACACCAACCCCAAACAGUCCAAGCCCUGAGCUUUUUCCCAGCACCAAAGUGGCAAUGUCUUCCUUUCAGUCAGCUCAGUUGAGCGAAUGCUCUUCCCCUAGCCUGCCUGCCAAGGACAACAUCGGCAGUCUGGAUUUGAAGUGUUUUGACGGUGAACCUGCCAGCGUCUCAGAUGGAGGGCGAGUGGAGCAGCAGUCUUCUACUCCCUCUCUGUCUGUACCCACCAGUCCUGACUUCAGGAAUGAGGAGACGCUGUUUGAAGCAUGUACAGAGGAAGUUUACCUUGGGCCACCUUUAUGCUACAGCAUGGUGAUCAAAAAGAAACCUCAGCCCUCCUACUAUAAACUGUGUUUGGAGACCUCAUUGGCUGGUGGUUGUGAGCUGAAUGAAAAUGCACCUUGUUUGUCCCAAGAGGGAAAAUGUUCCAAACUGGACAAUAGGUGGACGGACCACUUGUUUUCGACACAAGAAUCUGGUUCUGCAAAUGAAACCCAGAACUUCUACCGUCCUGAACCCUGUUACAACUUAUUUUCCACCUCUUCACUUUCAAGAAGCAACUUCAGUUCUUCAGGUGACAACCCUUUUUCUCCUCUACCUGUGUCGACUGAGGCAAUGGAAGAAAAGCUUGGUGAAGACCUGUACCUCUCCUCUGAUGGUGUUGUAGGAAAAGUCGCGACUGCUGUGAGUGUCAGCAUGCCGCAGGAGGAGAGAAGUCGUAAUGAGGGCCCUUCUUAUCUUAAUCCCUGGGUGCGUGUCGCCCUGAUAGACUCCUUCGCCACAGAAUGUUUGGCAGAUACUAAAACGCUUGAAUCCAAUAUGGGCACCGUAAUGACCAAGAUAAGUGUCUGCAGCUCUGCUACAAAUCCCUCAAAAGAGCCAGCCACCGCCGCCACGCGUAUUAAUCCCAAAAUUAACUGCUCAGUGAUGAGAAGGCCUGAUAGGGAGGAGGGGAAGAGGAGCAAAGAGGCAGAUACUCGAUGGGCAGAGGAGGAGAAAAGGAAAAAGGGCUGGAGCACUUUGCAGCAAGAAGCAAAGUCUGCUCUGGUGAAACAGGUGGGAUUUUGGCCAGUUCUCAGUCACAACGUUGGAGCAACACAGGAUGAAGCAAACCCUCAGUGAGGUCUCCUUCUCAGAUGAGAGCAGUCAGAAGACCAUCUGAGUUGGGUCCAGGAGUCUGAAGGAUGCAGUUGUAGGUCUCUUUGGGUCGGUGUUCUCUGAGCGUCUCCCUCUGUGCUUCUGCAGACUUCUACGUCCCGGAUCUUUGUCUUCUGACUCAACUCACAUCUGGUGUCAGGAGGACUUUCGCUGGAGCUUCACAGGUUGGGAUUGGCCCAGCUCACCAGCCUGAUGAGUUGGUGAAUUUAUGAUCAUGAAGCAGUCAUAAAGACUUUUCCUGAGGAUAUUUCAAGGUUCUCUGAGGUCUUGCUUGAAUGUAGAAUUUAAAUGCAUGUACACUUAGUAAAAAGCUAAUUGACUUAUGUAAAGGCCUGACAGACUUUUUCAAUAUUCAAGGGAAUGAGUAAACAUUUUAGAUCAUUUAGUGUGUGAUCAUCUUUUUAAGGGAGGCUCCCAAUAGGAGUACUUUGUCAGACAUUUGUCCCAAUCCAUGUUCCAUUGCUCACAUUGAAUUGGGCUACACCUAUUGUGUCCUACAGUUUGAGAAACUUUCCCAGGAAUUAUUUUGUAUCAACCUUGGUUUCAGUGAAAAAUGACAUUAUUUUUUCAAGUAUGAUUGUCAAAAUAUAGAAAAAAUCCAAAACGUUUUGAUCUUGAAAUCUUUCAUCAAUCCUACCUGUAAUGGUGAAAAUGGUGGAUUAAAGCUGGAAUUUGUGCUAUUUUGACCCUUUUUUCCAAAAUUGGGCUUUUAGACGCUGAUACUAGCUGGAAUCAGAUGCAUUCACCUGAUUGUUGAGUUGUUUGACCAUUUGCAAUAGUACAUUCAAACCACAUGGAACAAAAAAGAAAAACUUAAAUGACUGUUUCCAUUCAUUCAUAGAGAUGGAUGUAAAGCUGAAAGAGAAUGCAGCUUUUUACUACAUAUUGAAAUAGUUUCAUGUUUUUCUCCCUCACUCUACCAUCAGGACAUGAUGCGGGAGAGAACGGCAGUGGGCUGAACAUUUGCAGAAUAUUAACUUCACAAUAUAUUACUUUCUGAAGUAUAAAGUUCCAGUCAGUUCCAGUUUCUAAAGCUCUAGCUUCCAAACCAUUGAUUGGUAGACUUUCAGACUUUUAUGACACUGUUUGGAGUGUUGAUGUAAUCAGCUUUGGUAAAUUUCUUGAUUUCUAAACAUUGUGCCCCAUUUUUAUUGUGAGAGGUUUCAUUACAAACUGAAAAUCUUCACAUAGUAAGUAGUUCUUUAUUAAAGGUAUCAUGUUUUGCAAUGAAAUUAAGAAAGGGUGAACAAGAGCUGAACGAUUCCCAUAAAAACUGCAGUGAACAGUGCAGCUAAUAGGAAACUACACCUGGGUUCUUCAUUUAACUCUUGGAGCUCCAUUAGAUCCCCUCUACCACAGACAUGGUGACCCAUGUUGCUACCAUAACAACUGCUAAGCAAAGGCCCACCAUACAUCAAGAAUGAGACCAAUGUCUAAUCCUUCCAUCAGCAUUUUCUAUUUAGAAAAAAAAUUAAUUUGGGCUAAACAAUACUUAGAAAAAAAUUUUGAAAAAAAAUAACUGCAACUUGAGAUCAGCUGAAUUCACUCUUCUUCAAGUCCAUAAUAUAGAUACUCAAAGUUAUACGCAAAAAAGAUUUAUAGAAUUAUGUAUGCUGCUUUAUAUGGUGCCUUUCAAAAGUACGUACACCCCAUAAGCAUUUUCAUAUUGCUAAAUUACAACUACAAACAUGUAGGUGUUUUAUUAUUUCAUGUGAUUAAGAUUUUAGUAUAGCGUAAUGAAGGAGAAAGAAAAAAAAACAUAAUUUGGUUUGAAUUUGGAUCUUCCUCUUACUCCUUUACUCUGAAACUCUUGAAUAAAAUUUCAUGCUAUGAAAAACAGCCCAGUUGAUAAACAGAGCAGCCUUUGGUUAAAGUACCGUACUCAGUAUAAAAACAGGACAGAUCUGGAAGGGAAACUCUGAAAAGACUGAAGACAAGCCUACACACAGCCAGAGAGCUGCAGUAGGCCCGUUGUUUGCAGAUGUUUUUCAUCCAAUCUGAAUGAACAGAAUCAGUAAAAAAAAGACUGAAUUCAAUCCAAACUGUUCUGUGCAGUGCUGUAACUAUUCUACAAAGAAUGAACAUUCUACCUUUUUCAGAUUUGUUUUUUAUUGAAAAAAGUAUUGUAAAUCUAUAGUUUUCCUUCCACUUCACAUAUAUGCUGUACUUUCUGUUGAUUUAUUAAAUAAAAUGUGGAAAAAUCCAGAUUAAACUUCUGGAUUGUAGCCUGACAAAAUAAACCUGAAGGGGUGUACAUACUUUAUCAAACCACUGUAAUGUUUUUAGGGGACAAUAAAAUGUAACCUGGAAGCUGCAGUGAAGCCCAGACCCCAGAACAGCUCAAUCUUUCUCUAAAAUGUGUAGCAGGAAAGGAAACGGCAGAGUGCAGUGGAUGCCCUCCAGUUCAUGGAUCUUUAUGUGGAAAAUAAAUCCUAAAUAUUCAAGAAAAGUCUGCCUCUUCACUGAUUAUUUUUUAGCACAUUUCUAAAAUAUUCUAAAGAAAAAGCAGUUUAAGAAUUUAAAACACCUUCUGCUCUGUAUUUUGUUUGGCACUGAUUGGACCUUCAAGAGAGGAAAUAAGGAAGACAGAUGUUCUUCUGCUACAGUGCUAACACUGUCUGCACUGAGAGCAUUAAUGGAUAUUAAGGUAUGUUUGGAAGUAGAACUAUUAAAACAGGGAUUUCUAACAACUUCAGGAGAAGUGUCAUGUUUUAGUGGAUUUUAUCUAUCCACAGGUGGCUGUGGUCACUAACGUUGCCAAUACAAGAGGCCCACUGUGUAGAUGAGAGCAGGGUCUGACAGGACAAUGAAGUCAAAUAGUGAAGUUGAACUUAUAUUAAAAGUUAGCAAUUUCUUCUUUUUUCUUUCUUCCCUCCUUCCUUCCUUCUCUGUAUUUUACCAUGAAUCUGAUGAACUCAGUAAGACAUUGUUCUGUAUGCCAUUCUUGAUGCUGUCGUUGUGAACACUGAUCUAUUUCCUGUAUACACUCCUUAAACUACGCACUGUAAACCCAAUGUGCUGCUUGCUUCAUACCUGUAGGUCUUUGUCUUGAUUUGUGAAGGAUUUCAGGAUUCACUUCGUAAAACUCAUGACCUAGAGUCACAGAAAUCGCCUCCUCAUCUGUGUUUGAGAUGUUUGACUCAGUAGACAUGUCCUCUAUGGACGUCACUUUCAGAAAAAUGAAAGAGUUGAAAUAAAGUUCUGUUUCUGAUGGAGGGAAACCAUCUGACUGAACAGAGACUGUCAGCACUCUUCUCUCUCCCCAUGUUCACCUUUUCAGCUCUGGCAAAUCUUUACGUGAUUUAAUCUGUUUUACUUUAGAUUCAACACUAAUUGUAUGUUACUGACGAGGAAAUAUUUGUUCUAUCAGGACAGAGACUGUAUGGAUUUUACCAGUUCGCUUGUUUUUUUUGUUUUUGCUUUUUUAUUAUUUCAGCAGCUGACAGAGGAAUUAUGAUUUUUUGUAUUUAUAUUCUCCUGGGAUGUGAAAGUCAUUUAUUUUUACCUUAAAGCAUGUGGAACCAAAUAUUUUCACUUCUUGCUUAUAGUAGCUUCACCAAACUACAGGGUGAAACAAUUGUCUUUUAAAUAGUGUUUUAUCUAUGCAACACAACCAAAGUUAGCGAGAGCUAAAACAGCGUUGUGUAUGAGUAAAGGUUCAUUGAUGUGUGUUGUGUUAAUACUUCUUAGAUUCUGUAACAUUUAUUAUUUGUGUUUUAGUUCUUAAGCAGCUCCUAGUAUGAUGAGCAGUGAUUGAAGUGAGACUGGUUUUGAGAGGCAUGGAAGGAUGAAAGGGUGUGGAGGGUUCUAAUAUACUUCUGUGCCUUGCUCUGCUGUUUAUUCUCACACCUUUUAUUAUUUCUGAACGCCAGUCUCCUGUUAGUGAAUAAACAACAAUCAACAGAGAAUAAAAUAAACACAAGAGGUUUGUUCAAAAUUCAGUGUACAAAGCACAGGAGGAUCUCUAGUUGUGUGUUUUACUGGGUAUUUCAUUUGUGAUAUGGGCUUUCUUUAUUACAAUAGGAGCUUGACUGCAUGGUUUCUGCUGACUAUAUUGUAAAACUUACCGCUGAAAAAUAAACUUUACCGGAA